CCUUCAUUUUUUUGGGCAUGGCGAAUGAUGGGGAGCUCUCGUGUGCCUGGUAGUGAGAGUGUGCGCGUUUUAGCGUUUUUUGUGGUGGCUCGCGAGGGCGAGGGCAUGCAGCGUGACCGCGCGGCCCAGGCACAGCGAUCUCGCGAGGUUGGAGGCGCGGCAUUGUGAAGAUCGCCGCUGGGAGCUUUUGUCUCGCGUGAAUGCGGGGCCGCAUUUGCACGGCGCCAGCAGCAGGAGCGGGAUUUCGGCCCCGAUUCAUCGUCGCCACGGCAGCGCCGCCGCGAAUCCAUCGCGGGGGAGGAGUGAUCGGGUGAUAUUUCGAUCCGGGGGGGUUUUUGGCGGCCAAUGGAGGCGAGCGCGGGAUUAGUCGCGGGGUCGCACAAUCGCAACGAGCUGGUGGUCAUCCGGCAGGAAGGAGACGGGGUGAAGCCAUUGAAGCACCUCAACGGCCAAGUCUGCCAAAUCUGUGGGGAUGACGUCGGGUGUACAGUCGAUGGCGAGCUCUUCGUUGCGUGCAACGAGUGUGCCUUCCCGGUGUGUCGCCCUUGCUACGAGUACGAGCGCAAGGAUGGAAACCAGUCGUGCCCCCAGUGUAAAACGCGAUACCGGCGCCACAAAGGUAGCCCUCGCGUCGAGGGAGACGAGGACGAGGACGAUGUUGACGAUCUCGAGAACGAGUUUAAUUUCAAUGAGGAUCGCCAGGAGAGGCAGCAGCACAUUGCCGAGGCAAUGCUGCAUGGGCACAUGAGCUAUGGGCGCGGGGACGAGCAGGACUUGCCGCCGGAUAUGAUGCAGCCCAUCCAGCCAAGGCAUCCUCUGCUCACCAACGGAGAGAUGUUUUCUGGAGAGCUCCAUGGAAUUCCUCCCGACCAUCAUGCAAUCGUUGUGCCACCUAUGCUCGGUGGAAAACGCGUACACCCUCUUCCUUACAUCGAUCCGAACCUUCAAGUUCAACCCAGAUCCAUGAUGGAUCCUGAUAAGGAUCUGGCAUCUUAUGGCUAUGGAAGCGUGGCCUGGAAAGAGAGGUUGGAGAGCUGGAAGCUAAAGCAGCAGAAAAUGCAAAUGAUGAUGACUGAAGGCAACCAAGGAGAUGGAAAGGGAGGAGACCAUGGUGACGAUGGGAAUGGACCCGACCUACCAAUAAUGGACGAGGCGAGACAGCCUCUUUCAAGAAAGGUUCCAAUCCCCUCGAGUAGGAUCAAUCCUUACAGAAUGAUUAUAGUCAUUCGUCUGGUGAUCCUGGGAUUCUUCUUCCGUUAUAGAAUUAUGAAUCCCGUGCGAGAUGCAUACCCCUUGUGGUUGACGUCGAUCAUUUGCGAGAUCUGGUUCGCGUUGUCUUGGAUUCUUGAUCAGUUUCCAAAAUGGCUUCCAAUCGAACGAGAGACGUACCUGGACAGACUUUCUUUGAGAUAUGAGAAAGAUGGGGAGCCAUCGCAACUCGCUUCUGUCGAUGUCUACGUUAGUACUGUGGAUCCGAUGAAAGAGCCGCCGUUAGUCACGGCGAACACCGUUCUUUCGAUCUUGUCAGUUGAUUAUCCCGUCGACAAAGUUUCUUGCUACGUUUCAGACGAUGGUGCUGCAAUGUUGACAUUCGAGGCGCUCUCUGAAACUUCCGAGUUUGCUCGCAAAUGGGUGCCGUUUUGCAAGAAGUUCAACAUUGAGCCUCGGGCACCCGAAUGGUACUUUGCGCAAAAGAUUGACUAUUUGAAGGAUAAAGUCCAACCGAGUUUUGUAAAAGAAAGACGCGCCAUGAAGAGGGAGUACGAGGAGUUUAAAGUUCGCAUCAAUGCUCUGGUUGCAAAGGCGCAAAAAGUUCCAGAGGAGGGAUGGACGAUGCAAGAUGGGACUCCGUGGCCUGGAAACAAUACGCGCGAUCAUCCGGGCAUGAUUCAGGUACGUAUUCCUUCAUUUCUGUCAGGACCGAUAAAGAAUGAGUGUUUGCAGGUGUUCUUGGGUCAUAGUGGUGGUCAUGACACGGAAGGAAAUGAGUUACCUCGCCUGGUGUAUGUUUCUCGUGAGAAGCGCCCUGGGUUUAACCAUCACAAGAAGGCCGGUGCUAUGAAUGCCUUGGUGCGAGUGUCUGCGGUGCUAACGAAUGCUCCAUAUUUUCUUAACUUGGAUUGCGAUCACUACAUAAACAACAGCAAGGCUGUGAGAGAGGCUAUGUGCUUUAUGAUGGAUCCAACAUUAGGGAGGAAGGUUUGCUACGUGCAGUUUCCUCAGAGGUUUGAUGGUAUUGAUCGUCACGAUCGAUACGCUAACCGCAACACCGUCUUCUUUGACAUUAACAUGAAAGGUCUCGAUGGCAUUCAGGGCCCCGUAUACGUGGGUACAGGUUGCGUCUUCCGAAGACAAUCGCUUUAUGGUUACGAGGCACCUGCUGGAGAGAAAGAGAAGGAAGCGGCCAGUACUUGUGAUUGCUGUCCCGGAUUUUGUUGUGGGAAGCGGAAGAAGACCAAGAAGCAAAAAGUGAAGAAGAUGGAGAAGAGAAUGAUGUCUACCAGGAGUGAUUCGUCCGUCCCAAUCUUCAACCUCGAUGACAUAGAAGAAGGAUUUGAAGGAUUUGAUGAAGAGAAAUCGACGCUAAUGUCUCAAAAGAAUUUUGAAAAGCGGUUUGGUCAAUCUCCUGUUUUUAUCGCAUCAACACUUUUGGAGCACGGAGGUGUUCCUCAGUCCGCGAGCCCCGCCUCCCUUUUGAAAGAAGCCAUUCACGUGAUUAGUUGUGGUUACGAAGACAAAACCGAGUGGGGAAAAGAGAUUGGAUGGAUUUACGGCUCAGUCACGGAAGAUAUCUUGACUGGUUUCAAGAUGCACGCUCGUGGUUGGAGAUCAAUCUACUGCAUGCCUCAACGAGCUGCAUUCAAGGGAUCCGCACCUAUCAACUUGUCCGAUCGUCUCAACCAGGUGCUCCGGUGGGCUUUGGGGUCCGUUGAGAUCUUCCUGAGCAGGCAUUGUCCCCUGUGGUAUGGCUACGGUGGCCGGCUGAAAUGGCUCGAGAGAUUUGCGUACAUCAACACGACGGUCUAUCCUCUCACGUCCAUUCCUCUCGUGGCCUACUGCACGCUUCCAGCAGUCUGUUUGCUCACCGGCAAGUUCAUCAUCCCAGAGAUAAGCAACUUCGCCAGCUUGUGGUUCAUCUCCAUGUUCGUGUCCAUCUUCGCCACGGCCAUUCUGGAGAUGCGGUGGAGCAACGUCGGCAUCGAGGAGUGGUGGAGGAACGAGCAGUUCUGGGUCAUCGGCGGCGUCUCGUCCCACCUCUUCGCGGUGUUCCAGGGCCUGCUCAAAGUCCUCGCCGGUAUCGACACCAACUUCACGGUGACGUCCAAGGCCACGGACGACGAGGAGUUUGGCGAGCUCUACACGCUCAAGUGGACGACGCUGCUCGUCCCCCCGACGACGCUGCUCAUCAUCAACCUGGUGGGAGUGGUGGCCGGUUUGGCGGACGCCAUCAACAGCGGGUACCAGUCGUGGGGGCCGCUGUUCGGGAAGCUGUUCUUCGCGUUCUGGGUGAUCGUCCACUUGUAUCCGUUCCUCAAGGGGCUCAUGGGACGGCAAAACAGGACGCCAACCAUCGUCAUCGUCUGGUCGAUCCUGCUGGCUUCGAUCUUCUCGCUGCUUUGGGUGAGGAUCGAUCCAUUCUUGCCGAAGACCCAGGGGCCUCACUUGCAACAGUGUGGAUUGAACUGCUAGCUACCACGGUACCCAUUUUUCGUUCGGUUUUUUAUUUUUCUUUCUUUCUUCUUUUUCUCUCUUUCUUUAUUUCUUUUCUCUGUUUUCUUUCUCGUCUUUUUGGAUUGAAUCUCGCAGGAGCUACCGAAGAAAAAAAAAUGGUGGUGAGAAAGUAAAAAAUUGUACAUUAGUUCUCUUUUUAGCGACCACAACCAAGUCGAGCGGUUUUAUUC